GUAAUAAUCUACGGAGAUUUGCCAAAAAAUAAAGAAAAUGUAAUAUAUUUAGCAAAUCAUCAGUGUACAGUUGAUUGGAUUAUUGCAGACAUGCUGGCAAUUAGGCAGAAUGCUCUCGGGCACGUCCGGUAUGUCUUGAAAGAUGGGUUAAAAUGGCUUCCGCUGUACGGGUGGUAUUUUUCACAGCAUGGAGGAGUCUAUGUAAAAAGAAGUGCCAAAUUCAAUGAAAAAGAAAUGAGAGAGAAGUUGCGGGCCCAGGUGAAAGCUGAGACUCCGAUGUAUUUAGUGAUUUUUCCAGAGGGGACUCGUUACAAUCCAGAAAUACCAAAAGUCAUUGCAGAUAGUCAGUCAUUUGCUGAGAAGGAAGGGCUUGCUAUAUUAAAGCACGUGCUAACGCCACGCGUGAAGGCAACUCACGUAGCCAUUGACACGAUGAAAGACUAUCUGGAUGCGGUGUACGAUGUGACUGUAGCUUAUGAAGGUACUGUGGACCACAAAGGGCAAAGAAAAUUGGCACCAUCUAUGACAG